AUGUCGUACUCUUCAGCACCAGCAGACCACACGGCCGCGGAGCAUCUAGCUCCUGGCAAGAUGUUUGACCUCACUGGCAAGAUCGCCCUGAUCACAGGCGGGGCCACAGGGAUCGGACUGAUGCAGGCUCGAGGUUUGCGCGCCGCCGGAGCCAAAGUCUACAUCGUCGGCCGGAGGGGUGAAGUCUUGGAGCAGACGGCCAAGGUUCACGGAUCGGACGACCGACCCCUGAUUCCGCUCACGGCCGACAUCUCGACUAAGGAAGGCUGCCUCUCGCUCGCCGACGAGUUCAGCAAGCACGAGUCGAAGCUCGACAUCCUCAUUUCGAACGCUGGUGUCGUCGGACCGCUCAACGAAGGCUCCAACACCGCCGACGCUUCUCUCAAGAUGCAUCCAGAGCACCGCGAGCAACGUCUCUCGAUCGAGGAGUUCGCCAAAAAGUCGCUCGAAGAUAACUCGCCCGACGACUGGGACAGCCUCUUCCGCAUCAACGUCUAUGCGCUCUACUUCCUCAGCCUUGCCUUCCUGCCGCUGCUCGCCAAAGGAACCGAAGCAUCGACUGCUUGGUCGUCGACCAUCAUCACCACGGGCAGCAUCUCGGGUGUCGUCAAGCAGUCGCAGCUGCACGUCUCAUACAAUGCUUCCAAGGCUGCCGUCCACCAUGUCACCAAGAUGCUCGCCUUCGAGGUGGCAGCUGCGACCACGGCCAAGGUCCGAAUCAACGCGAUCGCUCCCGGAACGUUCCCAUCGCAGAUGACAGCAAAGGACAAGAACGACGACACCAGCAUCUCGACGCUGAAGGGCAAGAUGGACGAGAUGGCGCUGCCAGCCGGUCGGCCGGGUAGGGAGGAGGACAUGGUGCAGGCGACGCAGUUCCUCGCCAGCUGUCAGUAUCUCAAUGGCCAGAUCCUCUGCGUCGAUGGCGGUUUCACACUGACCGAGCCUUGA